AUGUCUGUGUUUGUCCUUGUGUCUGUACAAGAUUGUGUGAACGAAGCCUUUGAGCUCCUGAAGCGACGCACCUGCAGCAACCCGAACCAGAGGAUGCCGAAGGUGGAGAUCCUACGCAACGCCAUCGAGUACAUCGAGUCCUUGGAAGACCUCCUUCACGGCACCCCCUCCCCCGGUGGCGGUGGGGGAGGCGGGGGCAUGGGGGGAGGGGGAGACCACGACCACCCUCCGGAUAACCCGUGCGGCGCCUCGCAUUACCUGGGUUCAGGAGGUUCCAGCUAUUAUCCGGAGAGAAGUGGCAACUAUGGGGACGUCGGCGCCGGAUUUGCUCCUAUUGGCAGCCAGGACCACGGCGGCGCGAGCGGCGGGGGCGGCGGCGCCUCCUCGACCUCCAGCCUCGACUGCCUCUCGCUCAUCGUCGAGUCCAUCAGUCCAGCCAACACGGGCAUCAUCAGCAGCGUCACUGAUAAGAGCUCUUAGGUCGUGCAGGAGGGGGAGUCGUGGGUCGUUCAGGAAGAAGAGGACGGGUCGUCGUGGGUCGUUCAGGAAGAAGAGGACGGGUCGUCGUGGGUCGUUCAGAUGAAGGAAGUGGGUGGCGUCUGCGUCGUUGAGGUCGUCCUUGCCCCGCUGGAUGCAUAAGUCGUCUCAGGAUUUGAAGUCAUCGUCACCCGCCCUUAAGGUCGUCGUCGCUAAGAACGAACAACGAACUCACAGUCCUCGAUGCAGCCUAGGUCGUCGUCGUCGUCGUCGUCGUCGUCGUCGCCGUCGUCCAGGUCGUACUAACUUACCCCCGCUGGUCGUUUCUCCCUACGACCCGAAGACUGGACUUCCUCUCGGGUUCAGGACGAGAAGGACCAAAAGGAAAGAGAACCAGAAGAAAUGAGAGAGAGAAAGAAAGACAGAAGGAAAGGCAAGAGAGAAACGGGAAAGGAAGAGAACGGCAGUGAAAUUAUGCGUUUUGAAAAGAAGCAGUGAAGAGAAAUUACCAAAAUAUAUAAUAGACAAAAGAUUAAGUGAAAUACUGAUUGACUGUGAUAUGCAGAAAAAAAUGAAAUAGAAGGGAAAAAGGAGAAAAGGAGAGAAAAAAAAGGUUCUUGUAAUAUUCGAAUAUUUUUUUCUCUCUCUUCGUUUAUUAUUAUUAUUUUUAAAUUCUUCAUUGCCUCUCUUUCUCUCUCUUGUUUCGUUGUUAUAAGCGACCAAGAACAACCAAAAAAAAAAAGACAGUGCUUUAUAAGAAUUUAAAUACGCGAUAAGGACCAAAGAAACAGAAUUUGUAAUUAAACCGUACAUGUUUGUAUUGAAUAUGUGUACAGUACAUUCUCUUUGAAUCCAUAUGGUACUAAGGACACUUUGACAGAAUGGAGAUUGCAAUGAGAAUGUCUGCAAACACAUAAGUACAAUACAGUGGAUAUAAGAUAUAGAAGAAAAUGCAAGAUUAAUCGUAAUAGUUUCUAGUUGAGUUAUAAAGACUUAUUGUAAAUAUUUAACUUGUGAAUAGUAGGGUUAUUAUAUUCUUACACCGUGAAACAAAGCUUGUGUAGCUCAGAAGUGAAGUUUUGAUUUGGAAUUUAUAAGAACAGAUUUACAAAAGAUAAGAAGAGGUUCCGGAAAAAUAUAAUUUCAUUAGUACUUUUGUAUCAGCGAUUCUGUACUUACCGUUUUCUUUCCGUUAACUUUAAAGGAAAUGAAUCAUCAUCAUAGAAAACAGAUAUUGUCUGCUACAUUCAGCUCAGAACAAGAAGCCAUAAGUGCACUUACAUA